AUGUCACAAUCCUUAAUAGUCUUUGAUGCAUCCGGUGUCGUAAGAUACCAAUACAACAAUAAGACCAACCCAUUUAAUGACUUUAUUUAUGCAAUUGCUAAUGAUACCGUGCUUUACCAUGAUUCGAACUUCAUUUCUUUUAAAUCGAAUCAAAGAAAAUUUUAUAGCAUAAAAAGAGACAAAUUAUAUACUGCUUUAUACUUUGAGGUUGUUACUACUAUUGACCAAGAAAAGAUUAGGCAAACGUUGAAUGAUGUUUUGAAAACAUAUCUUAAAUUAACUGAAAAUGAUGAAGAUUCAAGUAAGUUGAAAAAAUUGAUUGAUUAUCAAUUUAACCAAUUAAUGCAAUAUAAACAACAAGUGAAAGCUGUUGAUAAUCCUUCUUCUGCAUCUCCCAUAAAUAGCGGCACAAGCACGCCUAAGAAAACCCACGUAACCAAUUCGAAGAAGAAGAUGAGAAAAUGGGAUAAUGGUGAAAUGGUUGAAGAUGGUGUUGAUGAAUCAAUACUAGAUUAUUCUGAGAGUAAAGAAGGAUCUGUUGGUCCAAGUGAUAAUACCCAACAGUUGAAAGUUGAUUUAUCUUCUUUUAGUCACCAAGAUGAUUUGAUUUUGGUUAAUGAACUAAAUGAUAUUCUAGAUGAUAGUGAAGAUGAUGAAACCACUCAAGAUGGUUCAAGUAAAUCGAAAGGAGUUUCAAGUUUUUUCAAUAAACUUAGUUCUUAUUUCGGAUCAACUGUUGAUAUACAAGAAAUAACAAAAAAAUUUCAAGAUCAAUUAGUUUCUAAAAAUAUUCACCCAGCAACUUCAAAAUUAAUUCUUGAACGUAUAAAUAAUAAAUUUGGUAAUAAGACUCAAGUUACUCCAAAAGAGUACAAAGAUGUUUUAGUUGAAGAACUAACUAAAAUUUUAACACCAAAUGUUUCAACCGAUUUAUUAUAUGAUAUCAAAGGCAGAAAUAACCAAAGACCUUAUGUCAUAUCAGUUGUUGGUGUUAACGGAGUGGGUAAAUCAACAAAUUUAGCAAAAUUGGCUUAUUGGUUUUUACAAAAUAAUUUAAACGUCUUGAUUUGUGCUUGCGAUACUUUUAGAUCUGGAGCUGUUGAACAAUUGAAAGUUCAUGUUAACAAUUUGAAGACUUUGAAUAACUCAACUUCUAAAAUUGAUAUUUUUGAAAAAGGUUAUGGUGGUGGUGAUCAUGUUGUUACUACAGCUAAACUGGCAAUUAAUCAUGCUCAACAAGAAAGUUAUGAUAUAGUUUUAAUCGAUACCGCCGGUAGAACUCACUCAAAUGCUAAAUUAAUGACCCCAUUGAAAAAAUUUGGAGAUGCCGCUAAUCCUGAUAAGAUUAUAAUGGUUGGGGAAGCCUUAGUUGGUACUGAUUCAAUUGAUCAAGCUAUAAACUUCAAUAAUGCUUUCGGUAACAGAAGAAAUCUUGAUUUUUUCAUCAUUUCAAAAGUUGAUACAGUUGGUGAUUUAGUCGGUACAAUGAUAAAUAUGGUCAUGGCAACAAAAGUUCCUAUCUUAUUCAUGGGUACCGGCCAGACUUACACUGACAUUAAAAGACUCAACAUUAAAAGAAUCGUUGAUAUGUUAACCAACUAA